GUCGUGACUUUGAUUCUCUCCCAUGCUAAUUACGUUAUCUUAUAAACGAAAGCACACACUCCCAACUCCUCCCUCUCCAUUUCUGCCCUCCCUCUGAUUUUUUUUUUUCAAAUGUGUUAUUCUGCUGUGUGUUCAGUCACUGUUGCAGCCGAGCAAAUUUAGUUGCAGCAAACAUUUCAGCUGCCAGCAGCCACCGCUUCUUUCUUUCCCUCACUCCGCGGCCGUAACACGUUUUUUUCUACUUGCUUCGGUUUUAUUAUUCCCAGCUAGCGACAACGCGCUUUUAUUUCUUCCUCUGCUUUCACUUACAGCCUGUACUGAUUGUAUAUCAGCGUCUGUGUGGAAAAAUAACCAUCAGAUAAACAUUUUAACCGACGUUAAUUCAGGAGGAGAGGACAUCUGAAUCCGUCUGGACUACACACAGCGAGACAGCAAGCAAGGACAUGCAGAAGAGAGGUCAGUGAGGAGGAUGACAACAGAAGAAUAGACGAUGGUGAAGGAGGGAUGAGAAAGAGACUGAAAUAAGAGGAGGAAGUGGAACUCCAAAGUGCCUACUGCGAGGGGUCGUCUGCUGCUGUUUAGCUGCUGGAUGAGAGCAGGACGGGGCUCAAUGUGUGUUUGGCCUUGAAUGGAGGCUAUAUUUUAUCCUGACAGCCACAGAGUCAUCCAUCCCACGUUGCUGAGCUGCAGUCCCCACAUACUGAGCUGAGCCUCCACCUCAUCUCAUCACUGCAAGAACGCCAUUCCUAUAAGGUUUUGAAAUCUUCUCUCUCAGGCCGUUCAAACACAACUACAGCGACUGCCCCAGCCUCGGCCAUGUUGACGUGAAUGUAACCGUGACUUAUGGUGGGCGUCAGACGAUUCAGGUGAAGGCACAGACUCUCAGUGACACAUGCCAGAGUGAUGUCCUCAGAGUAGCUUCUGUUUUUUUCUUCUUUUUUUUUCUCUACGAGACAGAGCUGGCCUCUGCUCACAGUCUACUCCCUCUAUCUCAAACUUCAGCUGCCACUUUUCCCAGGAAGAACUAAUAAACAACCCCAAAAAUACACCAACCAAAAGGACCUGCUGCCUAUUAGGAAAAACUGAAAAUAUUUUUGCUUCUGUUUCUGUUUCGCUGGGGAUUUUUUUUUUUUUUUUUGCAUCACUAUUAGUCACCCUUGCUCUCACCGGACAGUUUUCCGUCCAUCUGCCCUCGCCGCCGCUUAGUGCUUGUGAGCGACUCUGAUGGCUGUCAGCAUGACCAUGGGACGGGACACCAAAUGGCUGACCCUGGAAGUGUGUCGUGAGUUUCAGAGAGGCACCUGCUCGCGGUCUGAUGCCGAGUGCAAGUUUGCUCACCCCUCCCGGAGCUGCCAUGUGGAGAAUGGCCGAGUCAUCGCCUGCUUUGACUCGCUCAAGGGGCGCUGCACCCGUGAGAACUGUAAAUACCUGCAUCCACCGCCGCACCUGAAAACCCAGCUGGAGAUUAACGGGAGGAACAACCUGAUCCAGCAGAAGGCCGCCGCGGCCAUGUUGGCUCAACAGAUGCAGUUCAUGCUGCCCGGAGCACAGUUGCAGCCCAUAACAACAUUCCCAGUGACGCCCUCCCUGGCAACGAGUCCCAGUAUGGCGUUCAGUCCAUAUCUAAGCCACAUGGGCCCAGGCAUGGGCUUGAUGCCUGAGCUGCUGCCCAGUACUCCCCUGCUGGUCCCUGGGAGUCCCACCGGCCUAGCAGCCAUGGGCAACGGCACCUCCGCACAAAAACAUGUGCGCACAGACAAGCUGGAGGUCUGUCGAGAAUUCCAGCGCGGUAACUGCACGCGGGGCGAGAGCGACUGCCGCUAUGCUCACCCUCUGGAGGCCGGCAUGGUGGACUGCAGCGAAAACUCCGUCAUUGUGUGCAUGGACUACAUUAAGGGCCGCUGCAGCCGAGACAAGUGCAAGUACUUCCAUCCCCCGGCUCACCUGCAGGCCAGGAUCAAGGCUGCACAGCACCAAGCCAGUCACAACACAGCGUCCGCAGGCCUGGCUCUGGGUCCUGGUGCCAUGCAGCAGCUACCAAAGAGGCCAAUCUUAGAGAAGAGCAACGGAGCAGCUGCCGCCGUCUUUAACCCCAGCAUGUUCCACUACCAGCAAGCCCUGGCUAACAUGCAGCUCCAGCAGCCAGCCUUCAUCCCCACUGUAGACCCGUCUGAGCUCCUGACCCCUGAUCCAGUGGAGCUCCAGUGCGUUCCCAUGGAAACCCAUUUCUGUCCCGUCCCCAAACUGCUGGUGGCAGCUCCAGUGGCGCUAAACUCAGUAAGCCUUUCCCGAAACCCCAGUUAAAGUCCCUGACACCUGCGCACUACCAGGGUGGUCAUCUUUUCUGAAUGCAGCAAACAUGUGCCUCGCCUACAGUGCACACUGACUGAGUGUGAAACCUCUUUUACGAGAUAUUACGAACGUUAACGAAGCUGCGAUGACGCAAUACAAGCCUGGACGUAUUACUGUUGCUUUAAAGCAGCCAUCCUGAUGCAUUCUGACUUGAUCAGGCUGAGCAAUAGAGCUCCCUCGUUCUUACAGCCAUACAUGCCCACACCUUAAAAGUGCAGCAGACAUGUGCACACACACACACACACACACACACACACACACACACAAACACACAUUUUAGACUACACGCCCUUUAUGGGUUGGAGCCAUCACAUGAGGCGACCCAACACUUUUGACUGUUCCAAAGUCAGAAAUUCUGGAAAUUGAGACCAUUUGAGUGGCGAACGGACCUGCUGCUGGUCUACAACCAGUACGUGUUGUCAAAACGAAAGAGUGUUUCAUAUCAUGUCAUGUUUACGUUUCAAAGAUGGCUACAAAUGUAACAUUUGUGUUGUACCAUGUGUACCAUUAAGUUUGUUCUCAUGGUCUCAUCUUGCCUGAUGAAACGCCAACGAGUCGUUGUUAAUUUGUUUGUGCCUUUGAUUUAUCUGCUCAGCUGCAGAGGAGACUUAGUUUCCCGACGUAAUUCAAAACACUUGACAGCAUACACUGAGAGAUGUUGUUAUUUUUGCAAUUAAAGGCAAUACCUUUUGUCACAUACAUACUGUGUGUCAACCUGUCGAAGAAAAUCUAGGAUUAACAGUGAUCGCCACUUAAAAUUUAUAUCGUUUCAUGAAUGUUUAGUUAGAUUUGAAUCAGUUUUUUAGCCCCUGGUUUCACAGUCAGUAUCUGGUACUUAAAUAAAAGCAGCAAAUGAGACUUUACUUUUUGUUUAGCGCAGCAACCUUAAAGAACUACAAAUUGACAGUGUCAUAAAAUUAGGAUACAAUCAGUUCUAUACUAAAGAGGCUGAGUUGAGAGAUUUCUAAGAAUGUGGCUCUUGAUUUAAGAAACAAACUGCCUUAAAGCAGGUGAGAUCGUGUCAUUAAAACGGUUGAAUAUGAGUGAUGCAGUAUCUUUAUCAGUGGUUGUUUCUUGGCUGUGAUGGGUAAGGUUUGUUUGUCCUGUUUCCUCCAUGAUUUGAUAUCCAAAUAUGGUGUAAAAGAAAGACAAUCUACAGGCGACGAGUCAGAUGUCCCGUGUGAAAUCGUAGUAAAGACAAAGCAAUGAUUCUGGGAGUCAGAUCUAAGCUAACAGACUUAUAAUUGGCACCUCUUAAACUUCUACAUCUGAUGUCAGAGUUAUUGCACAAGAUGGGAGCUGGAUUUGUUUCCUGAUGUUGUGCCUAAAGUCUGUGUGUGCCAAGCAGUCGUUGGUAUAUGCAAGGAGUUCCCCCCCCCAUUCGAUGCAAUACCUGAAUAAUUCCUCUAACGCAGAGUUGUCUUUUAAAAAGGCAGUUUGUGUAAUUGUCUCCUUUUAUGCGGCUUUUGGAUUGAAUACGUGGCACAAGAUUUUUAUGUUUUUUUUGGCUCUUCAGGGAGAAAGCUUAGAACUUGAAAAUGUCCUGUCUGACUUUAUAAUGUGUCGUCUUUUCUACUGAUGUGUCCUUUUUGUCAAAAGCAGUCAGACUCUGAAUAUUGCAGCCACAGCUGUUAUAAUCAGAAUUGAGUUAUGGCAAAGUCGGGAGAUGGAGGAAUAAAUUACUCGUUUGAUGUCUGAUGGUUAAAAAAAAACGGCAAACCAUUUGGGUUUUUGGUUUUCAAAUGUCUGUAAAGAAUUGCUUUGUAGGGGCGAAAAAUUGAACGUAACGGCUCUGGAAAGCGAGCUGAAAUCACUUUUAUCCAAAUUCAAAUGUGCCUCUUUCAAGUCUCCUCAAACCACCACUGUCAAUACACUGUAAGAACAGACCAGUGCUCAAAGAUAGGUGUGUUAUUUGGUACGUUAUUAUAACAGUAAAUCACAUCUGUACUAGUUUCUUCUCUGAGACAGCUGUGCUGUCUUAUCGUUUAUGUAAAGAAAUAAAUUAGUGACUUGUGUGCAUACUUAAGUGUGUUGAAAAAGACAAUGAAUCACAUAUUUGGUUAGUUGUAAAUGCUGCAGAUAUUACGGCAUUUCCCACUGAACAUUAUUCAUUUUAAAUAAUGUUAUUGUGUCGUGAAUGUAUCUAAUGCAAAAACUCUACACAUGCCCUUCUAAAAGACCGGCAUGUUGAAAUGUAAUGAUUCACUAUAUAUAUACUAUUUCUGAGGUCACAUAGGUACCAUGCUGAUACUGUGUUAAGACAUAUUAAAGUAUGUGUAUUGUUAUAUAGAUUUAUAUUUAAUGUCAAUGGAUGGUGUGACUACUUUUAGAAAUAUCUUUCACUCUCGGAAAAGGUAGAGCAGAAUUGUACUCUUUGAAGUACAAAUGUACACCGUACAGGUACAUUGAAGUACCAUUUCUUGCCAGUCAGUUGUUGUACCCCUCCCUUCAAAAGUACCCAAAGUGCCCAAAAUGCACCUAUAAACAUGGUAUAAUCGCUGGGCAAAAGAAAAUUAGCAUUCAGACCUUUUUUUGGCAUUUUAUUUGAAUAAUGUGGAUUGGUCAGUACUCCUUGUACUACAGUUCCUGGUUGUGUAGGUUCCCACUGGGGAGGCUGUACACAGAAGUAACAGUGUAGACAGGCCAUCCAGUGGGAGUUGCUAGCGCUGUGACAGGAACGUAAUCCCUCACUGGCUUCCCACCCAUUAACACUGUCAACUGUGUUUAAUGGAAACAGCUUGGGAGCACUGCUUCCUGGGACUGAUCCUGGGUUUGGGUGGGUGAAUGCUUUCCCCCCUUUACCACCUAAGCAACCUCAUUAGUGACUGUUCAUGUUGAAUUGGUAUAAAUGUGUCCCUUAAAGGAACAGAGUGCUUUCUUUCCAUGUUAAAUGAGAGGAUUAUAACCACUCUCAUGUUUGUGUGUUAAAUAUGAAGCUAGAACCUGCUGCCACUUAGUCUAGCAUAAAGGCUGGAAACAGGGGAAAGUCGUGAACAUACCAUGGACAAUAUAGUGAAUGAUUUACACACUACACAGUCAAUAGGAAGUGAUUCGAUCAAUGAAUGCAUUUACAUGAAUAAGGAGGAAUGAAUAACCCAUCCAAUUCAACAUCGUAUUACAUUAGGAGAAACCUGAACAUGCUAGCUGCAGUACUCCAAAAGAAACUGGGAUGAAUUCAGGGAAUAUGAAUAACUGGAUUUCUCUGUGCUCAUGUAAACAUCAUAUCCCAAAUGUGAUCAUAAUCAAGAUAACCCUGAUUAACAGGUUAUUCAUGUUCAUGUAAUUGCGCUCAAUGUCAGUGACAUUCUAGAAUAUUCCCACUGCCACUACUUUAGCUAGGCUACUGUCUGCUGUCCCAACAAAAACAGAAAAGCAAUUUUUUUGGGAACAGAUGGAUGGCGGACACUGUAUGUUGCUGGUGAGUGUAGUGCUUUUAUCACCACUGGCUUUGUUAGCUUGUUGUUGACUGUGUAGUCAACCCUCUGUUGAUGUAGUGUUUUGUCAGCUACCUAGCUGUUGUUAGUGUCAAGAUAUUGUUGUCAUAGAAACAUACCCAUGGGGAGCACAUCAUUUUAAAAAAGCGCUUUUAUGAAGCGCUCCCUGGUGCCCUGCCACCGCUUUUCUGCUGAAGAAAAAUGCUUUGUGGACACAGGCCCUUAGGAGUUUAAAACAUUAGUUAUUAGCAGACUAGUUUAAUAGCAGAGAGGCUAUUAAUUUUUUCAGCAUAAAAUCUAACCAUAAAAAGUCUUGAUAUGGAUGGUUGUUGGUUUUUAAAUUGACUAUUCCAAGUCCCGCCCACUUAGUUACUGUUGCUAGGUCGGACAAGCUUGACAAAAGGAGACAUGGCGAUGCUGGUGCAGCUUAGCUAGGUGCAGCAGUGUGUAUAGCAGGCAAUUUAGUUUACAGAAACUAACAGCAAGUGCUACAGUAUGCGAUGGGACGAUUUAUUUAUGAUGAUGUUGUGUCUAUACAAAAUAAUAACCACAAAAGUUACUUAAGGGAGGAACAUAGCCCCACAGAGAUAAUAUUAACAAAGGAGCAUUAGCCUUUAUAUUUUCUGGCUAACGACAAUUCAUGUCAUUCUUAAAAAUACGUCACCAGCCUUUUUCAAAUCCUUAAUAUUACCACAGAAAUCAUGAGGAAGCAAACAAGGCUGAUACUGGUGAUCUGACAUCAGGCUAAAUCCUUUUAGCAAUAUGUUAGCUAGCUAGCUUGUGUUUUGCUAACAUUAGCUAACUUAAGAUGUGACUAUAUAUAUAAUGUAAUGUGUCUGUAAAGAUUGUGACAGUCCCCAGCCACAUCUUUUAACCAUCUUCAGAACUUGGUUGUCUUUUCAACAUUUAUAAUCUUAGCAUGUAGCAUAGCUAGCUAAGUAUAGCAGAACAGAGGAAAGUCGACCGAGGUUCGGCCAAAGCUUGCUCAACUGUUAUUGGAGCACAGAAUGAAAAGGGGCGGGACUUAAGGCCCGAACAUACUCGGGCCUUUACUCCGCGAGUAAUGUCCGCAGUCAUUCGGGCUUUCAUAGUCGAGCG